AUGGAUCCUCAUUUUGUCACUGUCACGGAAGAGGUGCGGAGACAAAUUCCGGAUGCAGAGCCGCGAAUCCAGGACCAAGUGCCGGCCACAAACUCUUUCAUACCACGGUGGAUGGCAGAAAUCAAGAACGAGUCACCAAGAGAUAUUACCACCUUAAUCAAUCCGCGCUUGUAUACACCACAGCUAACCAAACUAUACAAGACCGAUUUUCGUGCGUGGCGAGCGCACAUGGCUGAAACGCUAUCUUUCCUCUCAGAUCGCACUAUGAUUGACGAUACGUUGUCAUACUAUUUGCGCGAGUUGGAGCCCCUUAUAAUGUGCUUCAACGAGUUUGUGCUGUUUAAGCAGAUGGAUGCAUUGCAGCGCAAUUUGGCGGCCGUCCAUGUCGUUGACAACAAGAAAGGGGGUCACAAAGGUUUUUACGACAGGGGUUGGGAAAAUGCAGGCAUACAAAACGACCAAGUUACAGGGCUGCCGAAUGUUGAGCAGUGCGAAGGGUAUUGGACGGAUCAUCAAAGCUAUGGGACGAUAUCACUUCUCCUCACGCUUCUCCUCGUCUCGUUUGACUCCAUGACAGCGGAAAAAAUAGGCGACCGGCUUCUCUUCCGCAGUGGCGAGUCGUCGGUAGAGACACGAUCAGGCCUGUACUAUUUGAGCAUUUUUUUCUUGCGCCACUCGAAUUGUGCUGAAAAUCCUUCCUUGUCGGCGCUCCAGACUUUUUUCCUGCUGCAAUUCAGGCAUUUGCAAAUGUCUUGUGCACCAAGCAAUGCAGUCUGGAGCGCCGCUUCCAUCCGUAUUGCAAAAUUGCUGGGCCUUCAUCACCUUGGAAGCACACGAGAUGAUAUAAUACGGCUGCGUGAGCAGCAGUCUUUGUGUCAGCAAGGCCCUGUCAAGGUGAAGGAUGAUUUUAUCAACACGAUGCCAGGAGUGCGCGAGUUCGCAGAAGGAGAUUUGACACUGCGUGAGCUUGGACGAAAAGUGUGGUGCCGCAUGGUCACGAUGGAUUGGCUAAAGUCUGUGCAGUAUGACUAUACCUAUUGUAUCUCGGACCAAAUGAACUGCACCGAGAUGCCACAAAUGCUUGAGGACGAGGAAGUGAUGAAUCUCGCCACCCUCCCGCUUGAGGUACUGGACGAUCCCGACCAUAUUUCGCCCAAUAUUGCGUUAAAUGUGCUUCUGGAGCUUGGUCGAAUUAUGCGCUCGAUAUCCGACGUGGCUUUACUGAAUUUGAGCAAGCACCGUCCCUUGAAUCUUCCAUACCUGGAUGCAAUGGAACUUGAUUUCCGCAUCAUUCAGCUGAUCAAUUCCUUCCCCGUUUACCUGCGUUUUAAUGUUCGUCCAGAAGAUGCGCCUUUGGUGAAGCGCAUCCAUGCAGCACACCCGUACCUUCCUCUCCAAAGACUCCUUCUGCAUGAGUUUGUACAGUAUCGCCUUCUUCGUUUGCACAGCUCCUACCUGAACUUGGCCCUCCGUGAUCCAGCCUGCCACCGCUCGAUUGACGCAUACAUUGAGAGCGCAGAAGUGGUGGUUGCCGUGUGGAACGAAUUAUGUCGCACAAGAAACCCCAAUCAAAACAUGUAUUUUGUCAAAUUGCAUUUGGUGUUUGCAGUGCUUGUGCUGGACAAGAUUCUAGCAUGGAUCCACGGACACCCCCUUCAUGAAUCCGCUUUUCUUGCAGCAGAUUACCAACGCAUACACGGAAUUUUUGUCAAGGCCCGCGACCUGGCCGUGCAGUGUGGCGACACAUUGCCUUUUAAGAAGCACAAUAUGGAAUAUCCUCUUGAUCAUAUCGGUGAGUGGGAAGAGCCGGGAGCGGAUAAGGUGGACAUUUCUUUCGAAUUGUCACCUAGAAUACACUUGGAAGAGUCGGGCAGAGUACCUGUCAACAUGGAGCAACCUGAUGCUCUCUAUGUUGCCCCUACGGCAUUGCCGCAAGUUCCUGAUGCGAAGAGCGUCCCAUCUGAAUUGAGUGCACCGUCUUGGGAUUCAGACAAUGCAGCUCUGCUUGCUGGGAUCGAUUUUAUGCUGAUGAAUGCGGACAUGAGCUCUGGGGUUCUUGGGUUUGCGGAUAUUGUGAGUAACGAUUUCCUAUCGAUGUAG